AUGCGACCUGCCGUCUCUCUUCUCUAUACUGCGACAGUGCUUAGCACACUUGGACAAGCAUUCAGUCUUUGGGGCCAAUCCAAACCCUUGAGUCUGCAGGAAAGAGCAAGUAUCUGGGGUCUACCUGAUUGCGCUAGCACAUGUGUGACUUCCAGCUUUGGCGGCUGCAAUUCUAUCGAUGUCGAAUGUAUCUGCAAGAACAGAGUAUUCCUAGACAAUCUCGGAUGCUGCAUGUCUAAAGCUUGCGACAAAGCAGAUCAAGACGGUUGGCAACUUCCCACUCAAGCCUCAUUGCUUUCCAGACUAAUGUCAUUAUANGCUGCCAUUGGGUUUGCAAACAACUUCUGCUCUGCGUACAAAGUCAGCGAUCUGCCCACCGCUGCGACGUGCAAGUCGACCGAUGCAGCCAAAACCACUGAUAAGAACACCACGCCCGCUCCAACACUGGACCCCUCUUCUCCAACUUCAUUGCUGCCCGCCUUGAGUUCGGCAGCUUCAGCAGCUGUUGCUAAUGCCUCAAAUGGCACCAACGUCACUGGAUACAUCAGUACACAGCGUGUCACUGUCACAGCCACAGUCACAGCUAGCAGUACUGGACAGGCUCCUCGUGUUGCAGCCGAAGUGACGGGUUGGGUUUGGGGUAUGGGAGCCAUGCUAGCUGGCGCUGCUGCCGUGGUCGUUUGA